CCGACCUUGGACAUAAAGUCUCCUCGGUCGGCCAAAAAUUUCUCUUCACAUCCUAGACAUAACUUAGCUCACGCAUUGACAUCCAUACGGAUAAAACCAAACUCUUCCACUAUGGUAGAUAAGACAGAGACAAAGCACAACUUCUUCCCUGAGAUUGGCAAAGUUGUAGACGACACUGCCAAGCCCCCAGAAGUCGGAGCCGUACAAGCAACGACGGACGACGAUGAGCGACCGAUGCAGGAGAUUGAGUCGCUUUGCAUGAAAUGCUACCAGCAGGGUAUAACCAGACUGCUACUCACCAGCAUACCCUUCUUCCGGGAGGUCAUCGUCAUGUCCUUCCGCUGUGAGCACUGCGGUUUCCAAAAUAAUGAGAUUCAGUCUGCUGGGACAAUCCGACCGGAGGGAACCGUAUAUACCGUCCGCAUUCUUGCACGUGAAGACCUCAAUCGUCAGAUCGUCAAAUCCGAGACAUGCAUAGUCACGAUCCCGGAGUUCGAGCUCACGAUUCCCCCGCAUCGUGGUCAGCUCACUACGGUCGAAGGUCUACUUUGUGAUGUAGUCACAGACCUCAGUACCGAUCAGCCCCUACGCCGUAUCGAGAACGAAGCUGCCUACAAUAAGAUCCAGCAGAUUAUUGAUGGUAUCAGGGAGAUUAUCGCGUCCGACGAGGACGAGAAUGAGGAGUCAACUGGCCGGGUACAGCGUGCGGCGGACAAGGACGCGCCGAUGAAGCCAUUCACGGUCACGCUCGAUGAUCCCGCGGGAGACUCUUUCCUCGAGUUUAUCGGUUCGAUGGCGGAUCCAAAGUGGAAUAUGCGCACGUACCACCGCACGCGUCAGCAGAAUAUCGAGCUUGGUCUCAUCAAUCCCGAUGCGGAACCCGAGCCCGAUACUCAGAACCCCGACGAGCAGCUCGGAGGUGGUGGAGAGGGCGAGAACGAAGAGAUCUAUAUAUUCCCCGGUGUCUGCUCGAGCUGCGGGCACAAGUCAGACACCCUUGUCAAGAAGGUCAAUAUUCCGUACUUCAAGGACAUCCUCAUCAUGUCUGUCAACUGCGACAAGUGUGGAUAUCGUGACAACGAGGUCAAGUCCGGCUCUGCGAUUUCGCCCUUGGGCAAGAAGAUCAUCCUCAAGGUCGAGGACAAGGAAGAUCUCAGUCGGGAUGUUCUCAAGUCCGAGUCCUGUGGUCUUUCGAUCCCAGAAAUCGACCUCGUCCUGCAACGAGGUACACUCGGUGGCCGCUUCACGACGCUCGAGGGUAUCCUCGACCAAGUCUACGAAGAGCUGUCAGUGAAGGUCUUCAACGACGCCAAGUCGGACGAUGGCGCAUUCGAAAAGUUCCUUGCAAAGCUCAAGGCGGUUAAGGCCGUUGAGCAUCCGUUCACACUCAUCCUCGACGACCCGCUUGCGAACUCCUAUCUUCAGAACCUGUACGCACCCGAUCCUGACCCAAACAUGACGAUCGAGGAGUACGAACGCACAUGGGAGCAUAAUGAGGAGCUUGGCCUAAAUGACAUGGUGGUCGAAGGAUAUGAGGGCGACCCGAACCUCAACAAGGAGGAGCAGAAGCAGGAGGCCGCGCCGUCAUAAUCAAGAUCGCAGAGUUGUAAAAUACAGUGUAUACUAUAGAUGCCUAUGUAUCGAUACUCAUUGCUGUUGUACUGUAAUACUACUAAUGAGAACCCAAAGACUGUCUUCUCAAGCUUAAGCGUCGCUAGCUUCUUUGUUUUUCUUCACUUCCGUCUCGGGAGCAGCCGCCUCCUCAGCUGUCUCCGGAGGAGGCAGCGACCACACUGAAUUGACCGCGGCAUCGAGCAAGGUGUCAAGCGACGUCUCCAUUGAUGAAACUGGAAUCUCCGAUGCCUCCUCGAUAGGUACUUCUAUUCCGGUCGGCGAGGGUGCUCCCAUGUCCUCAGAGCCGAUAUAUUCAGCAGCUUCACCCGAUACCGACUGAGUAACAUUCACAGGCUCGUUGAAUGCUCGAAUACUAGCAUUGAAGUCACCCAUGAGCGCCGGAUCCUCGAUGGUUGGACUGACGGACCUCAAAGGCAGCGCCAGAUCUUCGUCUCGACUCUCAGGGAGAGGCACAUUCGCCGGGUCGAUCGCGGUGAUAGCGGGCUCGCCCAGGACGGUCAAGCCGUUGUCAAGAUCGUGGGGGAGGGGAGUGGUAGCGGGGUCAAUUUCGCCAUGUGCAAGUGCGGUGUCUUCAUUCGUUGCCAAAAUAUCGGCAAAAGGAUCCACGACCGACUCUCCUUCGCGAACUACAUCUUGCGCAGCUGGUAGUGCGACGUGAGCCUCAGAAGCAGCCCGCUUGGGAUCGUCUACCUCAUCGAGAGCGACAUCGAGCUCGGGAUCUACUGCCGGUGCGUCAAGUGCCCGCUUCCGGUCGAAAGAGAAGUCGACCUCCUCAGUCUCAAUAAUCGGGACGGUGGCUUCGGCGGGCUCUUUACGGGCGACAGGCGCACCCUCUUCGACGGUCCCCGUGCGAGUGUCAACCCAGGUCGCCGCGUCAAGCACCACAGACUCGAGCUGAGAAGCAACGGCUUCGAUUUCUGGAACCUCGACCGUAUCGUCGGCCAUCUCUUCUGAAUCUUCGAGCGUAAUCUUGGGCUCCGGAAUACCAGGAUUUUCGUCUUCAGUAUGCUCAAUCUCAGAUGCACCCUUGACCACAUGGUCUGGAGAAGUGACUUUAGCCUCAGCCUCGUCGGGCAAGUCCAGGACGCUAGGGCCAAAGCCGAUAUAAUCUGUGGCGAGCGCAUUCUUGGCUUCCUCGUGGACACCGGCAACCUCGGCCAUGGAUUCGAUCGGUGACACGACAUUGACCGCAGAAGCGAUGAAUCUAAUGCACCCGUUCACGGCAGGCUCAGUAGUAUCGUUGACUUCAGCGGCUUCCUCGGGUUCUGCGCGUUCCAGUGUUUCGUCAGCAAACUCCAUAUCCUGAGUACUUUGCAUGCUCGCUUCGGCAUCGACUUCCUCAGCCGUGGGCCCCGCAGCCUUGGCACAAACGUUCGCAUCCGCAAGUGGGCCAAGAACAGUCUCCUCGGUGGCGGGUUCAUUAUGAACCACGUACGGCUCGGCGCCAGCCUCACCGAAACUCGAUUCUUCGUCAAAAACAUCCAAGAGUGACUGUACAUUUUCGACCGCAGCAGCGGCAUGAGCGUCGGCUUCAGCGUCAUCAGCCUUGGUAGCAUCGGCAAUCUUAUCGACUGGGGUAGCGAGAGCUUCGGUGGUGGCAUGAGUCUCCUCGAUAAUCCGGAAGAUAUCGACAACGGCGGAUUGAGAGGUAGAGAUGACAGACUGUGCUUCUUCGAUUGUAGGGAAUUGAAGUUCCUCGACAGGUUCGCCAGACGCAUGUUCCGUCUGAUAGUGAACCUCUGGUUCGAGUUCAGCAGUCACGUCCACGAAGUCGCCAUCAUUCAUCGCGCCAAGGUCAGUUUCUUGGGGCUGCUCGCAUACGAACUCCGAGAGGUGCUCUGUCCAGGACUCGUCCAUAACCAAAGGCGCAACGGUCGGCACCGAGUCGCUUGCGCAGUCCAAGCUGUUCGUGAGAUCGACUUCCGCCGGUUCGUUAGGCUCGAAAGAAGGGCGUUCGGUUUCGGGACUGCCCGUAACUGAAAGCGCAUUUGCGGGUACAGGGAUGCACUCGUCGACUAGUGGACCCAGGACACACUCCCGAGCAGCGCGUCCAUCGGCCUGUGGCUUGCCAGUUACCGCGGGUGACACAUCGAGGUGAACUUCUUCGGUGGGGGUUUUAUCGGCCUUGGCAUUAUCGGUGCUGCGUUCCGGUAUGAGCUUUGUGACUGGUGUAAUGCUGUUGGCUGCUUCCUGGCCUUCAGACACAAUCACGAAAGAGGCAGACGCGGUCAAAUCGUCCAUCAUCGAAGAAAAAGGAUCCGAGGGACGCUUGUCCGAGCUUGGGAACGCGCCUACAAGCCAGCUAGGGGACCCAGCAAAAGGCGAGUUCAGAUCGCUGAAUUCAUCCAGGUCGGGGAUUGUGGCGGAGGCGCUUCUCAGAGAAGAUGAGGUCGAAGCAGCAUCUAUCACCAGAGGAGUUGGUCUCGAAGAAGAUGCCUUCGCAAUUGCAGCGACUUGCUUAGCAGAGCCGCCAGUGAUGCUCUCCUCCAGAGGCUCGUAGAACGGAAGACUGGCCAUGUAAGACAGGUUCUCUUCCGCGAAGUGCUUCUGCGACUCGGGUUCAUCAACGGGAAUAACGGCCAUCUCAAAAGAGCUGACCUCGAAUGCCCUGAACCAUCCUUCGCCAAGGUCCCAGAAGAUGAAGUCUGUCCUGUCCUUCGGCACAUCAGACAGCAUGACGAACCGCAUGAUGAUCUUCGUUAUAAUUUCCUUUGAGGCGUCUUUGGCAGAGAACCGGAAGUCGACUAGCAUCGCGUCGGGGUGCUCGUCAGGCGGGGAGAUGUCUUCGACAGAAGUUCUGAGGUCGGUAAAGCCAAGCCGAACCAUCCAACUUGUGAAUGCGUCGAGUUUCUCGGGGUCGAUCCAAGCGGCGUAUCGCUGGCCUUCGUCAGGAGUCUCCAUGCUGGAGGAUGUGCUUUCGCCUAUGAGAGCCUCGAUGUCAUCCGACAGUUUUGCAGCGUAGAAGUCCACGCCAUAAGCGUCCCAACAUCCGAUCGUUUUCACCCCAGGAUUGUGAUUAUACAGGACGCGUUCCCAUGGCGUUGGUGCAUAUGGAAGGCCGAUGAGGUACACAUGCGGUUCAGCAAGAUUUGAACCGGGUCCGUGACGCGCAGGCCGGUGGCGAGACGCGUAGAGUGUGGUGGCGGCGAGGACAAAGAGGUAUGCAGCAAGAACCAGCACAGAGUGCAGUACGCUAUCGACUUCUUGGAUAGGUUCUUGUCCACCGUUGAGAGCGCCUAUAAGGGAGGACGAGAGCCAGAGCGUGAGAGGAUCGUUGUGGUAAACGUUUGAGGGGAAGCAACCAGCGAUGUGUAGUGGCGGUGGCGGUUCAAUGGUCAGUACGGGUGCGGGCUCUUGAGCGGCAUCUGCUUCUGUCUCUUCUUGCUCUUGUCCUGGGUACGAAAGCAGCUGUUGGACGUCGGGGCGUGGAAUAGCAGGUAGCGUUUUCACGCGAAAUGUGCGUUUGGGUAUGUAUGUGCCUAAGAGCACACCUAGGAGAGUUCGUAAGACUGUCCGCGAAUACGUGGACAACAGGUCCAUGAACGGCAUGGUGGAAGAAGGAAAGGUUUUGACAAUGGACGCGGCCAGUGGCACUGUCUUAAAUAGCAAGGUCACGUUGGGUGAGACACCAACAAGGCAGAGUGGCCACAACAGCCUGAUUUGGCGAAGUAGUUUUUGAUUAACGCGUAAUGCAUUUUGGAGGGUGCAAUGAAUGAACGAAAGAGAUUGGAAGACCGUUUCAAGGGGACGUGGGCUUCGAAGUCGAGUGUAUUGACGGCGUAGGAGGUGCGUGGGCCAGGCAGGCGAUUGGGAUCAUCGUGACAAAGUGAGGAUUGUCACACGAUGACCCCUCAGACAAGGAGGCAGGAUUAGCGGGUCACAGCUGGGCCGAGCUACUCUGCACGAAUUUGUUCGUUCUCCUGUGCAGAGUCGUCGCCAGCUUCUUCUGGCUCCGGGGCCAACUCCGCAGCAACCGUCAUAAACCUAGAAAC